UGUCACAUAUAGGCUGGAUUUCUUUUGUGUUUCUCAGUUGCUACUUUGUUUUAGGAAGUCUCGCAACGUUAACUACUUGACUCCAUUCAAUUACUCUGUUGUUCAUGAUAGAACAUUUUAGAAAGAAAUCAAUAUAAAACACAAACACAGUAUUCACAAUGUCAAACGGAAUGAUUCUCGAGGAAGAAAUCCUUAACCACGUUUCUGAGAAUAAGAAGAUACAGUCAUGUAAAGAGAGAACUGUAAUGGAUACAAGGAAGAAGCAACCAUUCCUGGCGUGGAACAAGAAGGUUACUGACACAAACACAGAAAAAUUUAGGAAGCUAAUAGAAGAAAAGUAUCAGAUACGUUUGGAGAAUUAUUGGGAUCUUCAUAAAUGGUCUGUCGACAACACGGAAAAAUUUUGGGAAGAAAUUUGGGAUUACUUCAAAGUCAUUGCAUCCCAGCCAUAUGAAAAAGCCUUUGUGAAAACGGGUCCUGGAUUCUUAGACAACAAAUGGUUUACUGGUGCGAAACUCAAUUAUGCCGAAAAUCUUAUGAGAAUGAGAGGAAGUGAUACCAUUGCUCUCGCUUGCCUUGACGAGGAAGAUAAUUUUGAGGAAUUAACGCAUGCUCAACUGUAUGAGGAAGUGAAAUUAUAUGCUGCAGCUUUUCGAAAGCACGGUCUCAAGAGCGGAGACGUAGUAGCAGGUUUUAUAAACAAUAGGAAAGAUGCAGUCAUUGGAUGCUUGGCUGCAGCUAGUAUAGGUGCUAUAUGGAGUGGAAUACAAGUGUACAGUGGAGGAAAAGCAGGCACUAAAAUUGCUCAACGAAUGGAACCGAAAUUCUUAAUCGCGGUGGAUCGCUUCCAAAUAGAAGGAGCUGAGUUUCCAGUCAUGGACAAAGUACCGGGAAUAGUUGAUUCCACCCCUUCCAUAGAAAAGGUCGUCAUUAUUCCAACUAGACAAGAAACUCUAUCCAUAGACACCUCAAACAUAAGGAAUUGUUGCUUCCUACCAGAAUUUUUGGAAAGUGGCAAAAACCCCGAUGGUUCUGUGCCUGAAAUCGUAUUCGAGCAGUUACCAUUUGAUCAUCCUCUCUUUCUAGUUUUCACAUCAGGAACAACAGGUUUACCAAAAGCUCCAGUCCAUGGAGGAGGCACAUUCUUGCCAUUGCUCAUUGACAUUGCCUUUCAUUGGAAUUUAAAACCUGGCGACACACUCUUCAGUUUCAUUCCGAUGGGCUGGGCCGUGUGGAAUUGGUUCCUCCCAGCUAUGGCUUUGGGCGUGAGAUUGAUGUUAUACAGCGGCUCCUCCUCUUACAUCAGAAAUGGUCUGAACAUGUGGGACACAUUAGCUAAAUACAAAGCCACGUGGUGGUUUGUGGAACCUUGCUCGCUAGAUAAAAUAGAGAAAAAAGAAAUGUUUCCAAAACCGGAAUCAAAUCUUGAUCAUCUGAAAGCUGUAUGCAUUUGUGGAAGUCCUGUCAAAGUUCAAAACAUCGCCUACAUUCAAAGCAAAAUUAAAAAGGACGUAUUUGCUGCAAGUUUAUAUGGAACAACUGAAUCUCAUGGAUUUCUGUCAGGAUACGACUGGAAUUUGCCAUCUUAUGCUGGAGAAGUUCAGGUUCCAGCUCUUGGAAAAGAUAUUCACUGUUUCGAUAGUCAAGGACGGUCAGUAGUUGGCAAACUAGGUGAACUCGUCAUCACCACCCGAUCACCCUCCUUUCCCCUCUAUCUAUGGAAGGACGAAGACGGCAGUGUGGUCCACAAAGCAUAUCUCGACCUCUAUCCAGGUACCUGGUGUCCACACGACGAAUGCUGGAUAAAUCCUAAGUCAAGAGGCAUUGUAAUAGUUGGAAGGAGUGACGACACGCUGAUUCAAAAUGGGGAGUGCUUUGGCUCAGCAGACAUCUAUUUCGCUAUCCAUGACAUGGAAGAAAUAAUAGACUAUAUCUGUGUUGGUCAGACGAGUCCUGAUGGUGAUGUCCGAGUUGUCCUCUUCGUGAAAUUGGCUGAAGGCGUGAGAUUUUCACCAGAAUUAAAUACGAAGAUCUGUCAAAAAAUUGAAGUGGAGUUGUGGAGAGAACUAGUUCCUGAGCUGGUUCUAGAUGUCAAAGAUAUUCCAUACAACUUAAAUGGGAAGAGGAUGGAAAGCACAGUCAAGAAAAUCAUCCACACCAACAAAAUCCCUGAAGUGAAUAAUAUACGAAAUCCUGAAAGUUUGCAGAGUUUCUGUAAUAGACCGGAAGUUAUCAGUUUCAUGAUACCAGCAUCAUAAGCAAGCAAAGAUCAUUACUGCAGCAAAUGUGACACGAGUCCUACCAACAGAUGGAGGAAAGUUUUUUUUUUUUUCAUGCAACAUUUAUAUAAGGACUUAAGUAAGUUCUUUCUCGGAAGAAGCAAUUUUAUUUGACUCAUCAAGGAAAGGAUAUUUACAUCGAACUGACGGAAUAAAAUAUUUAUUGUGUUCCUCAUUGUUUAUGUUUAUGUGAUAUCGUAAAUAAAGAGUCCUUUCCAUA